AUGGAACACACCGCUGGGUUGAAAUCUUCUGAGGCGUCAAAGGGGACUUGCGACCCAGCGUCAACGUACAGGUGCUGCUACAUUUAGGUUUGCCUUAGGACGUAUUAGAGCUUCUCCAAUUUUCUUUUCACAGUUGCGAGCACCUUAGGUAGGAAUUUAGUUUCUUAGAGCUAUAAUUAGGACCAAACCCACGGUAAAAUCAUUUUCAAGGGCAAGAGGUUGCAAUUUAGAAGUUUUUUUUUUGACAGUAAAGCAGAGUUUUCUUUUUUAUUCUCUUAAGUGUGUCUACUUUAACUCCGAUUUACAAAUAAUUUCUUUAAAAUUUUUCUAUCGACGCCGAUGGACAAUAAAUUAGAGAACCGACUCAGAUAUUAGGGAGUUUCACCAAAGUUUCUGACUUUUUAACAUCACUAGUUGAAAGGUCUUGAGACCCCUGACUUAUCGAAGGACUAAAAACUCCUCAUAUUAUGCGUGGACACCGGACGCAUUCCCUCUUUUUCUCUCUUUCAAUGAGCUCAUGCAACUGACGCGCGGUUUUUUGGCAAGCGUGUAUCGUACAUUCACUGAAUAUUCAAAACUUUUUUUUCAGAUUGAGAUUUUUUGAUUUUUAGAUAAUCUUUAUGGCUCUCGGUAGUUCUCUCUUUUGGAAUCGACAACUUAUAAUCUGAUCUUGUUUAGAUGGCAAAAACUGACGAAACCGAAGAAUCAGGUUCUUCAUCCACCGGACAGUUCAAGAAACCUUUACUUCCUGGUCAAAACGAUUCUUCUUCUGAUCAACCACCCGUCAAAAAAGCAAAAGGUUAUUGAUUGUUGUUCUUUUUUACAAUGAAUUUCAGCUGAGGAGCCGAAACUCAAAACGUUAAAGUAUGAGGCUGAAUAUUUGAAGUCAAUCCCAAGCUCAUCACAAUAUGAAAAGUCAUUCAUGCACAGAGAUGUAAUUUCUCAUGUUUUAGCAACUCAGUAAGUGAUGUAAUCAACUCCUCGGGUUUCAUUGAAUAUUUAGAACUGAUUUCAUCAUCACAGCAAGCGUUGACGGUCACCUGAAGUUCUGGAAGAAAAAGUACGCUGAAGGAAUCGAAUUUGUCAAACACUUCCGAUGUCACUUGAGUGAGAGCUUCGGGGUAUUAGAUCUCUGGACAGAAUACUUUCAGGCGAAUUCUCUCAUUUGUGCACCAACUUUAACGGAACUCUCCUCGCUACAGUUUGCGAGGGGGACAAAUCCGUUAAAGUUUUUGACGUUGAGAACUUUGACAUGAUCAACAUGAUCAAGCUGGAUUUUCCUCCUCGCACGGCAGCUUGGAUACAUCAAGGUUCGGUUUUAAAGCAGUCUAUCACUCUAUUCCGUUUAUAAAUGGCUAUUUUAUCAGCAUACAUAGAAAGUGAGUGAAGAUUUGCGUUGUAGGCAGCGAGAUGAUAUCUUAUCUGGCUAUUGCGGCAGCAGAUUCGGGUAACAUAAUCGUGGUGGAUGGGAAAGCGACGGCGACGCCCUUACACGUUAAAGACAAGUUGCAUUCCAGGCCUGUCAGAGUCAUCGAGGUUGGAUAUUUUUCAGAGAAGCAAGGAAAUAUUCCUUUACAGUAUUGUCAUGCUCUGGAUAUUGUUGUAUCCAUUGACGAUGCCGGCAUGAUCGAGUGCUGGUCGGGCGAAAAAGGCGAAUUUGACUUUCCGCAAGAGCGGCUCAAGUGGGAGUACAAGGUCGAGACUGACCUGUACGAUUUUGUCAAGGUUUGUCGGAAUUUCCAAAAAAAUCCAAAAAUCAUAAUUUACACGAAAUCGAUUAAAAAUUAGAUUUUCUUUUUUUGAGAUGGAAACAUAUUUCAAAGAAAAAUUGCGCUGCGCAUGAAGUUGUUAAAAUUCAUAUUGAUUUUUUUCAGAGAAACUUAUUGAAAAAUUUUUGAUUACUAUGAAUUUUCACCGUGAAAGUAUCUUUUUUUGAGUGUAAUUUUCAUAAAAUUUGUCAUCGAAAAAUAAAAUUUAUUUAUCAGCAUUUUAAAGAUCGGAUGCGAUAUGAAGCAUUCAAUUUUAUCAUUUGCUACUAAAAAGUUGGGAGUUUAUUUCAGGCGAAAACUUUUCCACAAUGCGCGGCUUUUGCACCUAACGGCAUGAAAUUAGCCACCUAUGGCGACGAUCGAAGGAUACGAAUUUUCAACAUUGUCACAGGAAAACUAGUCAAAGUUCUCGACGAAUCUGUCGCAAAAUACACAUCGGAGGCUAAAGAGAAGAAGUCAGUUCUUUCUGCUUUCAAAAGUUGCAGAAGAGUUUUCUUAAAUGAAAGAUAUAAAAUUCAAGAAACGAAACCUUCACGAGGUUGAGGAACGACUUCACUCGAUGUUUGUGACUGGUUUCCAGACGUUAAUAAUCUAUAAUAGAGAAAUCAACUUUUCCUUGUCUUCUGGAAUUAUUACAGAUAGUUAUUUUUAGGAACUACGGACUACAAAACAUGGAAUGGAGCAGGCGCGUAGCUGUCGAAAAAGAAAUUGAGAAGGUUUUGUCUUUUUUCCUUUUUUUUAAUCAUCAUUCAUGAGUUUCAGGAUCGUGCAAUUUCUUUGAGGUUUUUGCGCAUUUGUUGGGAUUUCUCUGGCAAUUUUCUGUUGUUCCCCACUCCGAUUGGAAUCAAGGUUGCAAGAAUAGAUUCGAAACGAUUUCUGAAAUAUUUCCUUUGAGGUUUACAAUGUUGUGACGGACAGUGUUACGCGCGAGAUCGGGCGCGACGAAACCGCAAGAUUCACUGGCGUUUCCCUUUGUCGGUAUGUACAAUCCUAAACAUUUUUUUAAAAAUAUUAAGACUACAAAAAAACGGGAAAUGUGAGGAAUCAUCAAAAGUUGACACUUAUUUCAAUUGUAGAAUCUUUUUUUAUUACUGUCAAUUAAUUAAUGCGAUAUCGUGAACCGAUAAUGUAUAAUUUUUUGAGUUCAAGUAUCCCUAGAAGCCUUUUUUUUGCAGUGCUGUGCCAGACAUCAGACAACGACUCCAAGGGGCUGCCGUGACCAUGGAAGCGGCGGCGGCAGACAAUCCGAACCUCAACCGCAAAACGGAUCCUGACCCUCUUCUUGUGAGAAUUUCUGAUCGAGUUCCAAUGUAAUCCUGGAGAGUUUAGGCCUGUUGUGCUUUGAAGAAGAACCGCUUCUAUCUCUUCACGAAUACGGAGCCUUACGCCGUCGAGGACGACGAGGGAAAUGCGUCACUUGCAGGUCGCGACGUCUUCAAUGAGCGGCCGAAAAAGGAGGAUCUUCUCACAGCGUUGGAGGUUAUUUCUUGGUUUCUUUCCGAAGGAUUUAUAAAUAGUCGAUUCAUUUGAUUGACGUUAAAACUUGUAAGAUGGUUCAGUUUUUUAACGCAUCUUUUGAUCUUAUUAUUAGGAGUUUUGAAAAGGAGUACUCGAACUUUUUUGCGAAAAAUUGCCAAAAUUUAGUUUUGUCAUUGUUUUAUAUUCUGUUUAGGCAUAGUGUUAUUGAAAGUCGGCUGAUGAACUCAGUUUUUUGCACCUCUUCACAGCAGAACCAUCAUAAAUAUCCGAUGAAGAAUUCUAAAUUCUCAAAAAAUUAAUCUCCGAAAGUUUUGUUCCAACGAGAAUUCACAGGGCGACAAUUCGGACCGAGUCCUGAACUCUGAGGCGACGCUGCACACAACAUUUGGAGACAUCGGCAUCAAGUUGUUCGGAGACGAAUGCCCAAAAACUGUCGAGAACUUCUGCACACAUGCUCGGCGCGGAUACUACAAUGGCUUGACUUUCCACAGAGUUAUCAAGUCUUUCAUGAUUCAGGUUUCUAAAUUCGAGUCGAUAGAAAUGAUCUCUCGCAUUAAAUCUUAUUAAGAACAUAAUUUUUGCUUUUACUUCGAUUGCCGGCCGGAGUAGUUUGAAAGUUAACAAAGUUCAAGAAGUAAUUAUCCGAUAGAAUCCCUGUCACCUCGAGCAAAUGUUCCAUUUCAGACUGGUGACCCAACUGGAAAGGGGACUGGCGGAGAAUCGAUCUGGGGCAGCGACUUCGAGGACGAGUUCCAUCCACGCUUGAGGCACGAUAAGCCCUUCAAAGUUUGUUUUUUUAACCUUGUAAUUUUCGAGAAGAUGAUCCUUUCUGUUCAAGUUGUUUUCAUCUAAACUUCCGAUUCAGGUCUCGAUGGCCAAUGCUGGCGGCGGUAACACCAACGGAUCGCAAUUUUUCAUCACAGUUUGUCCGGCCGACUGGCUUGAUGGCAAAAACACUUUGUUCGGCGAGGUUCCAUUUUUUUAGCGUUUCUUUUCUAUAACUCUCUGCUCAUUUUGAAGGUUUCGUUGGGAAUGAACGUGGUUCAGCGAAUAAACCAAGUGCCGACCUAUGAGAGAAGUGGAAGACCUCGAGAGGAAAUUCAAAUUGUCUCGAUCAGUCUCAAAUAA